UUAAUAAUAUAUAAUUUGAAGAUCCCCAAUUAACAGACAUGCCAGUGAUGAAAUUCCGAAUGAUAAUGAAUAUCAUGCUGAUAGUUUUGUCUAGUAUCAUACUGGAAACGAGUGAAGGGAAGCGUCUCUACUGCUAUCAAGGAGGCGAAUCGAUCGGUUCGAGCACCGCCAAACCAUCUACAGAACCAUCUUCAUGGUCUUCAUGGUCAACCUGGAAUCCUGAAGACGGACCGAAAAGAUUUUCGAAAGAUAUGUGUUGUGAAAAUAAAGAAAUUUCAUCCGAAAAGCAUACUUGUUGUAUGGGUGCAAAAGUACUGAAAAAACAUUUUAAAUGUUGUGUUUCUGGUAUCUACGUUCACAAGUCCGCCAGUUGUGAGUGUACGCCCCCGACUGAUUGGUUGAAUAAAGAGAUCAAAAACAUUGGGGAGCUAGCUGUGAAGUCCAAACAACUCAAUCUUUCUCUUCAAAAGCAGAAAGAAAAACUUGAAAUUCUUAAAAAAUUAGAAGAACAACUAAGAAGAGACCUUAAAGUUAUAUUGAAUAGAUUUGACGAAGAUGAUGAGCUUCGCAUCGUUCAUAGUCUGGUAAAAUGUUUGCAUGAGAAAGAAGCUGACAAUAUUUUCAAAGAUAAGGGAAUAAAGGAGUUGGAAGACAAAAGUUUAAUUCAACGAGAGCUAUCAAAAAUAAGGUCAUUUUUCAAGCGGCAAAGAGGAUUUUCAUUCAUCAGCAAUAGAAUGGACGACGUAUCAAAAGAAUCAGAUGACGUUGCUCGGUGCUGGAAUAACGACAAAAACGAGCCAUCGGAAAAACUGCUUAUCUGGGGAUUUGGAAAUAUGUUUGGUCCAUCAACGACUCCACCGCCAGAGGCACCAGUUGGUAUAUCCGACAGCGCAAAACAGGUUAUUCACGAAGAUUUGGAGAAGACGGAAAACAAAUUAGAUGAAAGAAUAAGGAAUCUUAUUGAGAUCAGUCUGGUUGUGGAAAAAAUUGAGAACGAAAUAAAAGUUCUUUCACAAAUGGAAGGAGUAUUUAUUCGCUCUUUCACGGAAUCUAAGAAAGUUGAAGACGAACUGGUAGCAGCGGAACAGGAAUUCGAUGACGGCCUACCCAUAAUUUCACGUGCAGCGCGUUCAGUAAACUAUUUGGAACACAGAAACAAAAGAGAAGUUGCCGUUUCUGCAAAGCCGUGCAACAUUAGCGGAUGGCAAUAUACAGUACAAAAAACACAAGAGCUUUUACAGACAGCGGAAGAGAAAAUUGUUAGUAUUGAUGUAUUUAAUUAAAAUGAAUAUUUCUGGUGGUUCGACUAAACUUGCAUUGAAUUCAUACAAAGAUACGAGGAACCGUUUAAUCACUCGAGUCGCCACUGUAUUCAUAAUGUCAAUAAUCAAUAAUAUUUAUUAGCUAUGUAAAAUUAUAACUCAUUGAAUAUCUUUUUUGUAUCGUUUUGAUAAAUACAUUAUCAUCAAUAAAAUAUAUUCCGCUUGAGAUAGGCAUCAAGAAUUCUACCAAAUCUUUCGCAUACUCUAUUAUGAAAAAAAAAACAUCGGUGGCAAAUGACUAUUCGAGCCUUCAUCCGUUAUUCAAGACAAAACUUUAGGGCAGUCACCUCCAGAUGAAACUUUUGCAAACAAUCUACUUCUCAUCAUUGGGAAAAGUCUUUUUACAUCAUAUCAAGUAGACAGUCCGUACGUGUUCAUAACUUAUCACUCAAAAUGUGAGGCAUUUGUCCAAGUAAAAUUCUGUCGCAUAUAAAUUUAUAACUCAAAUCGUUAAAAUUACCAUGUCCUAUUGACCUCUCGACGUUUAGUAAUUGUCGGCCUGUUUAUAGUGUAUAAAGGCUCAAAUAUGUUGUUAGAACGCAUUGUUUGCGAGCGAGGUUGAUUAAUUAAAGCAGUUACUUUUGAUUCAAUCUUGUAUCCGUCUUUUUUAAAACAUUAAAGAAAUAUCACGAAGAAAUAUCAAUUCAGGAAGCUAAAACUAAAUUGAUCGAAUGCAUAGCUUUCCUAAACGUAGU